AUGGCUAUGUGGAUAGGAAGGGCAGCUGAAGAUGAAGUCCCCAACGCUAAAUUAGAUGAAUCUAAAGAUGAAGAAUUAAAACUGCAAAGAUAAAAAGAUGAGGCUAAAUAGAAGAAACAGAGAGAUGAUGUCUUCAAGAAACUUUAAAAUGAAUAACAGCAGUAGAUAGAUAUGAAAAACAGAAGUAAAAACAGAUAUUUACAAAUUUUGGAAUCUAAAUCAGCCUUGCCAUCGAGAUAACAGACUCUUAAGAAAGAAGAUGGAGAUUAGGGAGGAUAGGAUUAAGCUUAGACUGAAACAAGACGCAAAAGAAAGGGGAAUUCUAGGAAGAAGGAAAAUGGAAAUAAAGUCAUUGACUUGCUUACCUAUAAGAGUAAGGAUAAGAUCUUUGGAGUUACAAGUAGAGAGAAGAUGCAUCAGAUACAGGUUGCACCUCCAUAAAGUCCCCCUGUAGGUCUCUAUCAGCCAAACUUUCUCAUUAUAAAGAAAAGAGAGGAGGCAUACCUCACUUUUGACCCACCUUAAUCUUCAGCUAGAUCAAGAUCUCCUUCAGUAAACCAUAUAAAUGGUACAGAUGGUCAAAACAUCUGUUAAAAGUACUUAAAACUUGAGUUUAAUGAUGAUCCUUUUAUGAAGAAGAGAUUAAACUCUUAACAAAGGAACUUAAACACUGCUCUAAGAUAGUAUAAUACUUUGAGUGAGAGAGCACUCUCAUCACAAACGAAGGUAGAUGCCAAGAGAUUGAAAAGCUAAGGGUCAUCUAAGACUCUAUUUUUCGCAUUGCAGAGAAAGAGAUCAAUAUUUAGAAAUACUGUAGAUGGCCCAAGUGACGCUAGAUUUGAAACAUUUGAUAACUUCCCUAAGAUCUACUCUCCUAAUCAAAAGUAAGAAAAUUCCUCAAUAUAUAAAAUCUUUCCAGAUUAUCAGUCGAUUUUAAUAUUCAAAAGAGCAGCCCAAGAGGAGAACUUUUUGAAAUCAAUUAGCUUACAUCACACUUAGAUUAUAAUCCUAAUUUUGAUAGCCACUUAAAGACUAAUAGAAAUCGUAAGUAUGACAUUAUUAAUAUAAUUAGUUGUACCUUUUGGCAGACCUAAAGAUCAAUUCGAAAUGGAUUAAAACUAAGCAUUCCCUGAUAUGAAUAAAAUCAGCUCGAGUCCAUUAGCCAAAAAGAACAUCAGAUAUCUUGACAUGUAGGAAGCCAUUAACCUCUAGAAAUUAUUGAAGUUCAAAGAUCGUGCUAAUUCAAAUCAAAACAUCAUGAAAGGUAGUCAAACUGCAAGAGACCUUCAAAGAGCCACAUUAACUUCUAGAGAAUAGGAAGAUAGUAUACUAAUCAAGAAAGUCCUUAGCAGAGCUCUACUCAUUCCAAAAGUAAUUGAAUUAGAUUGA